AUGUCACUCAUGCUUGUAAACAGACAGAUAUUUUCGGAAGCGACAACAAUCCUUCACUCUUUCUCAGGCAUUAUCGUAGGGGGUGUUCUAACCACCCAAUACUUCAACAUGUUUAGAGAUUACUUAGAGAAAAAUUUCUUAACUCUACUACUGAACAGCAAUGUCUACUUUAAUUGUCACAUAUACGAGUUCUACGCCUUUUUCGACACCAGCCCACCUGAGAUCCUGCGCAACAUAACAUCCCUAGUUCUCGGGGAAGCUUUGUUGACAGAUCCCACAGUAUCUGGACGAAACGACAAUUUCCUGACUGGUGGAUUUCAUAUAGCACGCUCAAGAGUAAACCCAUGGGAAAGCGAAGACACGGGACAGCCAUCAAUCCAAGAAGGAGAGAACGAGCCACGGAUCCUGCGACUCAUCAAAACUCGACUCCCUUCGUUGAAAGACGUUGCACUGUGGGCGCCUACGUCUGGUAGACUUCAACGCGGAGAAUAUUGCACGAUCGCCCAAAAGUAUAUGUGUCAGAUGCUGGCUGACGGCGACUUGGACGUGGUUCACUUCCUCUACCCUCACAAACGAGGCGUAAGACCUGCUCCUUUGAAUUCAAACCACCAUCUCGACGAAUUUUUCCACAAUGGAAGAGCACCAGAACAAGACUACCAAAACGCCAUACUAUCCGUCACAAGAGUAGAUGGUCUUUUCCUCGAUAAUUAUAUGCAUUCUCAGUGGCCGCGAUUCGGCAGCAGAGAGCUGCUAAGAUCAGGGCCUCGCCAUAUCAUGACUGUCUUUACUUUACGGCGCGCCCGUCAAGGCAGUAUUCCAGAAAGUUUCGCGCAACUCAAGCAGAAAGGUCUUGAACGAGGUUUGAUGAUGUCCAGACAAGAACGAGAUGAAGCGAUUGCAGAGCUCCAAGCAACUUUAGCUGGACUUGUUGAAGCUAAAAUUCAAAGAGAUUUCUGA